CACCAGGUGGCAGUGUGGCGGUGUACCGAUGCACACGAAGAAGAACAAGCAAAACAAGACACGGGAGAGCGCGUGAGCCUGUGGUGUAUUACGUGAUGUUUUCCUUCACUAAAACGCACUGUAUUUAUUCGCACGUGACACGUCACCUCGCGAACACGCGGCUGAGCAUGGCCACUCCGCGGAGCAGCAGCAACCUGUUUCACCAGCUCAGGGGCCUGUCCCCCCUGCCGGGCGUGUGUCCGCUGCUUGCCGUCCGGCGACCUCCAGACAAAAGGUUGGAGAGCAGAGCGGAUGGAGUCAGGUGGAGCAAGAACAUCCACCUGACGCCACUGCGGCUGGAGAACCCUACCACUGUGCAGACAAGCGAGCUGUCUGAAGGCGCUUAUGACAAGCUGGCGGAGAAGACGCUGGACGCCCUGACCGAUUACUUUGAGGACCUGACGGAUGAAGCGUUCACUGGAGCAGACUACGACGUUGUGUACUCCAGUGGAGUGCUGACGGUGAAGGUGGGCAGAGACCACGGCACCUACGUCAUCAACAAACAGACACCCAACAGACAGAUCUGGCUUUCUUCUCCCACCAGCGGACCGAAGCGCUACAACUGGACGGGGGAGCGCUGGGUGUACGCCCACGACGGCGUGAGCCUCCAUCAGAUGCUCUCCAACGAGUUCUCCGUCAUCUUCAAUACAGACAUGGACCUAUCCGGCCUGCCUUACUCCUGAUGUCCCACACCUGCACUCAGUCCACCGACAGCGACUCAUGGAGCAACUACAUUGUGUGUGUGUGUGUGUGUGUGUGUGUAUAUACAACAGUUAUAUUUAAUAAGUGAUCUCUACGUGUUAUCUACAUGUUCUAUAAUAAUAAUAUGUACAUAUGCAUGUUGAUUUCAUUAAAU